GUAUGCAUAACUCGUAAGUCGUAUCCACCAUCCAUCACUUUAGGACCUUCUCUCUACGAUGGCUCGGAACCGGAAUAGGAACCGGACCAGGAGGCAGAAACAGAACCAUUCCCUCGCCUCGCUGAACUGACCCUCCCAUUUCUGAAAGGAAAAAUCAAAGUCUCAAACGGCAUUUCUUAUUCCCGAUGGAGCCCCAGUACCCGAAGGCCGCCCGGUCUUACGGUCCCCAGAUAAAAAUGACGAUCGCGCCCUCGCAGCACUCCGAUGACCGGACCAGCGGCGAGCUCCGCGCGCUGGAUUGCAACCUCACCUCGCUCUGCGACCACAUCCAGCUGGAGGGAUUUAUCUCCGGCUCCUUCUCCGACAUCAUUGUCCAGGCCAUGGGCUCCACCUACCACCUCCAUCGCCUCAUCCUCUCUCGCAGCUCCUACUUCAGAAACAUGCUUCAUGGUCCCUGGAAAGAAGCCAGUGCUCUGGUUCUGACCUUGCAUGUAGAUGAUAAGAAUGUCAAUGGUGAUGCAAUUGCAAUGGCUUUGGCAUAUCUAUACGGCCACCAUCCAAAGCUUAAUGAUGACAAUGCAUUUCGAGUUCUAGCUGCUGCUUCCUUUCUUGACCUUCAGGAUUUGUGUGCAAUAUGCACAGAUUUUAUCAUAUCAGAAUUAUGGACUUCGAACUUCUUAGCAUAUCAGGUUUUUGCAGAGAGCCAAGAUUAUGGCAUACAUGGAGAGCGUGUGAAGAAUGCUUGCUGGGGUUACCUUUGCCAAAGUGGUGCCACGCAGUUGAAAGAGGUGCUUCCAAAACUUUCCCCACCAACCUUGCAUGCAUUGUUAACCUCGGAUGAGUUGUGGGCACCUAGUGAAGAAAAACGGUUUGAACUGGCAUUGUACACAUUCCUUGCAAAAGGUGCCCAUUGUAAGGCAGAACAUUGUGACCAGGAAAGUUGCAGUUCUGAGGCGGGAAUGGAUUCUCAGUCUGAUUCUCCUCGAGCAAAGGGAAAAAACUUGAUGGAUGACUGCAAUAAUAAGAUGUUGGAAUCUGAGCUGGGAAGCUUAACUUUAAAAGAUGGCCUCAAAGACCAUAAUACUGCUCAUAAUCUUCUGGUCGAGCUUGCAGACUGUGUGGUGGACUGCCAACAAGGAGUUUCCAAUUCCAACCAACAGGUGCAAGAAGCUACAUACUCUCAGUUGAAUAUGGAGCCAAGAUACACCUGCAACAUGGAAGGGCCUUCAUCAGGGAGUCCCUCGUUGGCAGAUAUGGAUGGAAGAAGAACCUCAUGUUCCUAUGUUCAGAUGUCAAUUGGUAUGGGAGCAAGUGGCCUGGGGGCCACUGGAAUGGCUAUGGAGGGACCAUCUGAAGAAGGCCCGUGCUACCAUCUGAAUAAUAAUAGCUGGCUUGCCCGUGACCAAUCAAGGAAUUUGUCUUCAAUGAACUCUUCCUGUGGUGGGCUUAUGACAAAUGAUUGGGAAAGAUGUGGCAUGCAUCCACUUUCAUGGGGUGGAAGGGUUGUGGGCAAGAGACAGCUAAAGGGUUAUGCUAAAGGGAAUUUCGGGAUUCAUGGGGAGGACUAUAAAACAUUCGUUAAUAUAUUUGAAGGGGGUUCCCUUUUAUAUUGCAACAUGUCUUUUGAGGCACUUCUAAAUGUGAGAAGGCAACUUGAGGAAUUGGGGUUCCCUUGCAAAGCUGUGAAUGACGGUCUUUGGCUACAGAUGCUUUUAAGCCAGAGGGUGCAAGAAAUUGGUGCAGACACAUGCAAAAGUUGCUGCCUUACAAGUAUGGCAUGCGCUUGUAGGCAGCCAUUUCGUUUUCCACAUGGGGUCUCAACCACUGGAUAUUACAUGCAGGAGCAUGAUCAUACUUCUCCUGGUAACAUGGGGAAUGUAUAUGUUGCUGAAUCUGCUCAGGGUGAAGGAAAUGGCCUCUUUAGACCUGUACGUGUGCAUGAUAGGGGGCCUAUUGAUGGGCUUGCAGGUAUUGGACGUGGAACUACCUUUGUGCCUGCAGCUGCUUGGCCUCCAACACGCUUCGUUUUUUCACGUGUCCCUUUUGGCAUGGGCAACAGAAACUGCCAGCAGUCUCUUGCUAAUGAUGAUUCGGAGGCAAGAGCUGACCACAGCGGAGACCUUUCUGGGGAUGGGCUGACAGCUUUGGUUGGCCUGAGCCAAGGAGGGUGCAAUAUGACUAAUAUUCUUGGAGAGCAAACGGAGAGGGGGUAUGAAAUGGAUCCGCAGAGCAGCAUGUCCGGAACUUCAACUGCAGGACCAAGUGCUAGCAGUAUUCCCAUGGAGAUGCUCGAGUCACCUGGGCAUGCUGUUGGGAUUGAGUGGGAGAAUGUACACAGCUCGUCCAUAUCAUUGGAUUUGAAAACACCUUUAAGUCACUUCCCUCCUUUUCGCUUCGGAGUGCAAUUUGAGGAUGUGCACAGGCUCAGUGAUGGCCAUGUCAAGCACUCUCCAGAAGUUUUCUAUGCUGGUUCUUUAUGGAAGGUUAGCGUUCAGGCUUUUAAUGACGAAGACCCCCAGGGACGGCGAACACUUGGUUUAUUUCUUCACCGUCGGAAGGCAGAGAUAACUGAUUCCCUUAGAAAGGUUCAUAUGUAUGUGGACUCGCGUGAAAAGGUUACAGCCCAUUAUCAGUUGAUUUGCCCGUCAAAGCGGGAAGUCAUUGUUUUUGGAAACAUCAAACAAACAGGUACUCUUUUACCGAAAGCUCCAAAGGGAUGGGGUUGGCGAAGAGCUCUUUUAUUUGAUGAGCUGGCUGAUCUUCUCCAAAAUGGGACCUUACGGGUGGCUGCUGUUGUGCAGCUCGUCUGAAAUGUAAGAAGAUAGUUGAUCUCCAUCAAUAUAGUCUGAAAUCUGACAGUAUUAA